AUGCGGCCAGCCCUGCCAGCCUGGGCCAUCUCCCUCGGCAUCCUGGGAUUCCGGCUGUCCCUGGAGCUGCCAAGCACACUCUCACCUCGGGACCCCUUGCGUUCCCCGGCUCUGCCCUAUCCUCAUCUGCUCCUGAGAAGGAGCACACAGACCAGGAGUCCGAGACACUCUCCCUCGGUGGUCAUCGUUCUGGAGUUCGAACUCCGGCUUUGUUCCGUGAAUGCAUUAACUUCGGACUCUUGGAUACGCCACCCAGCGGAGUCCUGCCUCUCCCGCGUCCUGAAAGAGCACUUGGGCGGCCGCUGCUCUGCAGGGCUCCACCUGAGGGUGACUCCGCUGAGGCUGCGCUUAGCUCUGUACAGGAGGAAGCUGCAGUCCGGAGGCACCUGUGCUCAGCUGCAGCCACCCCCACGAGGCAGCCUACAAGUCCUCCGUGGCAAUGGCACUGCUGUGGGGACCGUGCUCGUGUUCCACUGCCCCUCCGGCCACCAGAUGGUGGGGUCUGGCCUGCUCACCUGUGCCUGGAGUGGGAUCAUUGCCAGUUGGUCUUCAGGGACCCCUGUGUGCAAGGCUGUGCCGCCCCAUGAGACCUUCGGCUUCAAGGUGGCAGUGAUCGCCUCCAUCGUGAGCUGCGCCAUCAUCCUGCUCAUGUCCAUGGCCUUCCUCACCUGCUGCCUCCUCAAGUGUGUGAAGAAAAGUGAGCAGCAGCGCUCCAGCAGGGCGGUCCAGAUGUGGUACCAGCUGAGAGGCGAGGACCUGGAGACAGUGCAGGCUGCAUACCUUGGCCUCAAGGGUCAGAACUACAAUAACAGCAGCAGUGGCAGUGGCAGCAAGCCUGGAGGCUGGCCUAGCCAAGUGCACGACAACCACAGCUUCACCACAGACCUCAGUGAAGGCAUCCGAGAGCUGGCUAGCAUGACCCCUGGCAUGGACAAAGAUCCCUGGACUCCGGGACCCAGCACUCUGAGUCCAAGUGACCCUUCCAGCUCCUCAUAUGCUUGCGUGGUCAUCCACACAGUGAACCCACCUACCUCCACACCCACCGCAGAGAUGACCUCUCCACCUGCAGCAAACCCACCAGGGUGACCCUCCCAGCCGGUUGCCUGCAGCUCCACUUGUGUCUAGCCUGGAAUUGGCCAGUGAAAUCAGCCUCCAGGUGCAGGGGCCCUGCAAGGAACAUUCCAGAAGGAGCUGGGCUAUAGUAACUUUAAUGACUCACUUGAGCUGGCUGCUAAGGUUAAGUGCUAAGGCAGCCUCCCUCCAGCCAGGGCUCCUCUAAAGAGACUGGGAGACAUUUUCAGCAGAUCUAGUUUUGCACAUUAGAAUAAGAAAACAGAAUAAACUUCCUUUUGGCAAAUUCAGCUAGCCCCCUCAGUAUCCCCCUGGGAGGAUUCACUGUCUUGAAGCAAGGACCUCCCCAGGGCUCUGUACCUAGCAUAUGUAAAGUGCAGGUGAGGGAAAUAAGAGUUAUUUCUCCUACUGAAAGUUACAAAGGUAAAAAUCACUGUCCCAGCUUCUCAUUCCUACACACCCUGAAACAUAGCAGCACAACACCAUAAUAAUGUGUUAUUACCUCUUGGUGCUGCAGGCUUCUCAGGCAUCUUGCUGGGUGGUCCCUACUUCUCUCACGUAGCAGGUGCCACCUGCUGAUGACUACAGUGGGGUCAUAUUGAAGGGUGGGUCUCUCAUCUGGAGCUGCUGAUGGUAAUCGGUAGAAGCUUCAGGGAGUCUUGGGGGGAACAUCCACCCUUCCACCCUCCCUCUGUGCUGCCCCAUGUGUCUUGGGCUCCCUUCCAACAUGGCACCUGGUUUCUAAGGUGACAGUCAGAUAUGAGCACCAGGUAGUGGCUGUUUCAGUUUUUCGCUCCCAGCCUCAGAAGUCGCUCUCUGUCACUUCUGCUGCAUCCUGUUCAUUAGGAGUCCAGGUGGCCCCAUAAUCAAGGGGUGGGGCUAUGGACCUCCCAGACAAAAGGAAUGCCAAAGAAGUAGCAGGUACUCAAACCCAUCCCAGGAGCAGGGAACUGUGGCACACAUCUGUAGUCUCAGCUAUUCAGGAGGCCAAGAUGGGACAAUCACUUGAGCCCAAAAGUUUGAGAGCAGCCAUCCCAACAGAGUAAAACCUUAUCUCCAAACAACAAAAACAGCCACAGGGCUGGAGUUUAGCUCAACGGUAGAAUACUUGCCUAUCAUCAUAUGGCCCUGGAUUCCAUCCCCAGCAUAUCAAAAACAAAUAACAAAUAACUAAAACUAUUACCGUCAUCUCUAAGCUAGCUUCUUAUUAAACAAUUUUAUAAAAAGGAACACCAGGUGAGUAUGGUGGUACAAGCCUAUAAUUCCAGCACUCCAAGACCCUGUGGCAGGAGGUUCACAAGUUUGAGACCAGCCUAGGCAACAGCAACCUACUGAGACCCUUUCUAGAAAACGUUUUGAAAGGAGGGACUGGGAAUGUUACUCAGUGCAAAAUCCCUGGGUUCAAUCCCCAGUGUCAUCAAAGGGGAGAGGGCUGACUCUUAUCCUCCCACCCUCACUCCCAAAGGGAAUAGCUCCUGCUGUGUGGGUGUAUGCAGCUGGUUUUAGAUCUGGUCCUGGACGUUUGCUCCUGCUGCUGCCCCUUUUGGUUCUGUUUAAGAUGAGCUCAGGCUCAGUCUCUCUGAACUCUGAACCCCACGUUUGUCCUAGGUCAAUUAAA